CAUGAAGCUACUGUUUACUGGAUUACUUUAUGUUUAUUUGUGUGUUGCAGUCAAUGGAAAUCUUGAGAAUUAUCUUCGUGACUUUAAGGCUUUAAAAAAGGAGCAUAUCUAUCUUGAAAAAGUAUCCAAGUCGACUGUCACAUCCGCAGCUCAAUUCUACUUUAAGAUAGAUAUCGAUGGAAAGGAAUUUCAUUGCUCGCUCCAACCUCAUUUCGAUCUAUUUCAUCCUGAUCUGGUGGUUAAACAACGCAAAAAUAUGGAAUUAAAAACAAGUGCUUUGGAUAUCUUUGAAUUUAUGGAAGGAACACUGAUAAACGAACCUCAGAGUCGUGUUAUAAUUCACAUUAGAAAUGACAUAGUCACUGGAUCCAUUCAAACAUCAGGAGGUGAAAAAUAUUAUAUUGAACCAUCUGUCCGCCACAUUUCAAAACCUCAUGAUUUUCAUAUGAUUGCAUACAAGCAGUCUGACAUUAAGUUCAAUAUAACAAGUAUAGAUGAUGGACAUUAUUGUGGUCACGAGUCUCAUCAGCACAAGAAUGAACAUUAUGCCAACGAAUUUCAGUCCAUGUUUCCCAAAGACAGUGGGAGUCAUGAUAAAGGAUUUGAGUACUCACGAAAACGCAGGUCAACAUCAUCUAAAAAUCGCUGCUCACUUGCACUAGUAGCUGAUUACCUAUUCUACUCUAACAUAUGUGAAAAGGAUGAGAGUAAUGCAAUGAGCUACAUGGUUAGUCUUGUUCAACAGGUGGAUGCCCUGUAUCAAGCUCAGUCCCUUGAUCCUGAUGGUAGUGACGCUUAUAAAGGUUAUGGUUUUCAGAUUAAAUAUGUCGAGGUUGUCACCUCACCACUGACAGCUUCUGCAGAUUCAGACUCCUACAAGUAUUAUGCUGAAAAUGACACUCCUGGAGUAUCAGAUCUCCUGACAAACUUUGCUUACGGGAAUUGGGGAGACUAUUGUCUUGCUCAUCUGUUCUCUAACCAUGAUUUUGAUUCUGGAGUUUUGGGCCUUGCCUUUAUUGCAUCCAGCUCCACAUCAAGUGUAGGGGGGGUUUGUACAAAAUCUUACACAGACGGAACUGGACAGAGGAAGUAUACUAACGUUGGUCUUACUACUACGGUGAACUAUGGUAGAACUCUUCUAACAUCAGAAGUUGUAUUUGUGACUGGUCACGAAUUUGGACACAACUGGGGUAGUUCCCAUGAUUCAGACAGCUCAGAAGAGUGCGCACCAAACAACAACAGGUACAUGAUGUAUCCAGCUGCAGUGGACGGUGCUCAAUCCAACAAUUACCUCUUCUCUAACUGCAGCAAGAAAGCUAUCAACGAUGUGCUGGCAGCGAAGUCAAGUCUGUGUUUCGAGGAAGUAACCACACAAUUAUGUGGUAACGGAGUGGUGGAAGAGGCGGAGGAGUGUGACUCUGGUGCUAACUCCUCGGCUUGCUGCUUCGGCUGCAAACUAACCACCGGUUCAACAUGUGAGGACUCUAAUAGCGAGUGCUGUGCUGGCUGCAAGUUGAAAUCAGUUGGUUCAGUCUGUUUGUCAACUGAUUGGAAGGAAGUUGAUAGCAAGCAUUGUGUGUCUGAUUACUCUUGUAACAGUCAGGGGAAAUGUGCGGCAGGUUCACAUGUUCCGGAUGGAACGGAUUGUUUUGACAGUGGUUCAUGCAAAAGUGGACAGUGUUUACAGUUCUGUGAGUACAGAGGGAAAGUGUCCUGUUCGUGUACUCAGGAGGAUGAUAUGUGCAAGUUAUGCUGCAAAGAUACGGACGACAGCAGCUGUGAAGUCUACUACAAUUCCUCCAGCAAGUCUAGCCUGCUGUCUGAUGGCAAGAUUUGUGGCAACGGCAUCUGUGUAAAGGGAGUUUGUGAGGUGAGUGCUCAAGAUAUUCAGGAGAAGUUUUGGGAGAUAAUAGAUGAGAUAAGCGUGAAUAUGGUGGUCAAGUGGUUUACAAAUAACAUCGUCUUUACCAUCAUACUGUUCACUAGUAUAUUCUGGAUUCCUAUAUCGAUCUUUGUGAAUUGGUUGGAUGAUAAGUACGACUUAGGAUACCUUGAUGAGAUUCUGGGAGGGGACGAUUCUGAGGAACAAAAUAAACCGAACACGAGGGGAGUGCUGCUUGGAUCCACUAAAAUGGCGGACAGUGCAAACAAUGUUUACCCAAAACUGAGUAGUGCGUUAGCGGGAACUUCGCUUUAGGUGGUCAUGACUCGUGGGAGAGCAGCAAUUUAGUGACUCCAUUUAUUUUGAUUCCCAAGCCCUUGUUAUUACAAUUUAUCGGCUUACAAAUGAUAUUGACAGUUGACCUGUUUUGAAUAAUGUUUAUUUUAUGAUGUUCAUUGUAGCGACAUGGUAGUUUCUAAAAUACCUACCAAUUUUUGUGAGUUUUUGACUGAUACA